UGGUGGAAGACAUCAACAAGAGGAGAGAACCACUGCCACUGCUGGAGGCCAUUUACUUAAUCACACCUAUUGACAAGUCCAUCAAGGGAAUGAUAGCAGACUUUCAGAACCCCAACAACACCCAGUACAAGGCUGCCCACGUGUACUUCACCGAAGCGUGCCCGGAUGAGUCGUUCAACGAGCUGUGCAAGUCAACCAGUGCCAAGUUCAUCAAGACGCUGAAGGAGAUCAACAUCGCUUUCUUACCGUACGAAUCUCAGGUGUACUCGCUGGACUCGUCGGAAACGUUCCAGUUUUACUACAACCCCAACAAGUCGUCGGGCCGCACCAUCAACCUGGAGAGAUGUGCCGAGCAGAUUGCCACGUUGUGCGCCACACUCGGGGAGUAUCCCGCCGUCAGAUACAGAUCGGCCCCCAGAAGGACCGGUCCAUGCUGCUGAUCCUGGACCGUGGCUUCGACCCCAUCUCCCCUCUGCUUCAUGAGCUGACCUUCCAGGCCAUGGCUUACGACCUGCUGCCCAUCGAGAACGACGUCUACAAACAGGUGACGAAGAAGCUGAAGCAGUUUGCCGAGUCGAAGCGUAUGAAUACGUCGGACAAGACCAACAUCCGCGACCUGAGCCAGAUGCUGAAGAAAGCGCCGCAGUACCAGAAGGAGCUGAGCAAGUACUCGGCGCACUUUCACCUAGCUGAGGACUGUAUGAGGCAGUACCAGAAACAUGUGGAUAAACUGUGUCGUGUGGAACAGGAUUUGGCGAUGGGCACGGAUGCGGAUGGGGAGAAGAUCCGCGACCACAUGAGGAACAUCGUCCCCAUCCUUCUGGAUCAGAACAUCACGGCCUACGACAAGAUCCGCAUCAUCCUCCUGUACAUCAUCCACAAAGCCGGGAUAUCUGAGGAAAACCUGGCAAAGCUGGUCCAGCACGCCCAGAUCCCGAUGGAAGAAAAGUGCAUCAUCACCAACACGCAGAACUUGGGGGUUCCCAUCAUCCAAGACGCCCCACAGGGGAAGAAAGGUUUGCUCAACGAUUGUUCCAGUUAUGGGACGUUUCAGGGUCAGGGCGGGCGUCGCAAGACACAACAGCCCUACCAGCCGUUCAACCGCAAGGUGCGCGCGUCGGAGCACACCUACCAGAUGUCUCGCUGGGUGCCGUACAUCAGGGACAUUCUAGAGUGCACGUAUCGCCCAGUGGCAUCAGGAGAAGGGCAAACAGAGCUACAAGUCGGGCCCUCGUCUCAUCGUGUUCAUCAUCGGGGGCGUGACCUACUCGGAGAUGCGCUGCGCUUACUCUGUCACCCAGGCCGUGAAAAACUGGGAAGUUCUCAUUGGUGCCACCCACGUCCUGACCCCCGAAGGUUUCCUGGGAGAUCUCCGGAGCCUGAGCACAAGUCAAAGCUCGUGAUUUCUCCGCGCAUUCCCUCCACUCACUUAGCGUACAAUUUACAUUUAUCUAUAUCUAGAGAAUCAAUUGUCACUUCACCCGGGCCCAAAAUUAUGUAUUCAUAUAUGUAUAGGUUGUCAGAGAGAUGCUCAAAUGUACUUUGCCCAGAGAGUAAAGUGUUUUCUGGAGAGAGAGAAAAAAAACUAUUUCAUUCUUUGGACAAAUGGUCGCUUUGAAGCACAAGUGGGCUAUCCCGAUAAAUGCU